AUGGAGACUCGCUCAUCCCGUACUGACUACCCUUCUUUGACUGGCGUCAACUACGGAUGCUUCAGGCAUUGGGUGCCCCCUGGGGAGCUGGAUCAGAGAGUGGUGCCCAGACUGUGCCAUCUGAAGCGUCUGGAGGGACAGAGCUUUGGCUUCUACCUACAGGUGGACCAGCGUGGCCGAGGCCUUGAGAUCAGAGAUGUGGAGCCAUGGAGUCCUGCAGACCACAGUGGCCUCACAGACGGAGACAGAGUGCUGGAGGUCAAUGAGGAAUACGUAGACAACAUGGACUUCAAAAGGGUGGUGAGGAUGAUCCAGUCAUGUGGCCUACACCUGUUUCUCCUGGUGUUGAGGAGAGCAGAGUAUGAACAGGCAGUGCGUAUGGGUCUGGACCUGAAGGCGCUGGCUGCGGCCUCCAAAGGGGACCGCUGGUCCAGACCCAGACUGUGUCACAUCAGCAGACACUCGGAGCACGGCCUGGGGAUAACCAUCAUGGAAGGUCGGAAGGGCCAGUACAUUGUGAGCACUGUGACUGACAGUCCAGCAGAGAAAGCUGGUGUCCGCACUGGGGACAGACUGAUCUGGAUCAACGGGGUUCUGGCGUCAACAUUCACACACUCCACUCUAAGCAGAACUGUGAAGAAGAGUGGGGACUCAGUGACCGUGUUGGUCAUUGACAGUGAGAGUGAGUCUUGUUAUGUCAGGAGGAAGAUGCCCAUCCUGCCAGUGGUGGCGGAACGCUGCAGCCUCCCCCAUGCUGCCAAGAACAUACACCUGGUUAAAGGCCCCGAUGGGUACGGCUUCCUGCUAAGACAAGAGAGGCUGGCAGGUACUCGACGGAUAGUUCAUAUGCUGAGGGAGGUAGAUGUGGACAGUCCAGCUGAGGAGGCAGGGAUGGAGGAUGGAGAGCUGCUGCUGGCUGUCAAUGGGGAACCUGUUGAAUCCUUGGAGCAUGAGGACAUUGUCCAGAAGAUUAGACAGAGUGGUGAUAAAGUCAUGCUCACCUCUAUAUCCAUGCCAGGACGAGAUUUCUACAGAGAGUUAGGCAUUUCUCCCCUGCUGUUCCAUAAAGACGCUACACCGCAGGAUGAGAGACAGCAGACCGUCUCCCGCCGCACUGAGAACCAGAGGGAAGCUUCUCUGACAUAUCCCACAGCGUCUGUUCAGGACAGAAAGGAGACCGGCUCUGCUUUCCCCUCAGACUGUGUCCCGGAUCACUCAGGAUAUUUAAUCACAACGCUAUAG